AUGGGCUCUACUGCCGAUUCCUCAUACGACACCAAACACAUCCACACCCCCAAUGACAACGACAACAACCACACAAACGGUAUCAUCUCCAAACCUACCAUCCUCCACCUCGGCGAUCCGAUCCUCUACAACCACACGCUCCACUCCCAGCUCUCCUCCAAAUACAACAUCAUCAACCCCCCUCCCUCCUCCCUACAGCGCUCCGUCUUCAAACAACAUCUCGAAGACAAAACAUGGGGAGACUUCUCGGCGACGAUACGGCCAUUCUGGAAUACGGGCGGGGAGAUGGGGUUGUGGGAUAGAGAAUUGAUUGAAUUGCUGCCGACGAGCAUGCAGGUGAUGGCGAGUGCGGGGGCGGGGUUCGACUGGGUUGAUACUGGGGUCCUGGCGGAAUUCGGCAUUCUCUACUGCAAUGGGGCGCACGCCUCCACCGAAUCCGUCGCCGACAUGGCGCUUUACCACAUCCUCUCCGUUUUCCGCCACAUGACCUGGUCCUCCCUCGCCGCGCGAUCGAGUUCUUCCGAUGAAUGGACCAAGGCGCACCAGCUGAUCCCCUUUGAGUCUCACAAUCCGCGAGGCCAUACCCUCGGCAUAAUAGGCCUGGGUAACAUCGGGCAUGCGAUUGCGAAAAAAGUCCGGGCCGCAUUCGGCAUGAAGAUUAUAUACCAUGAUGUCAUCCAGAAGAACGCGGACAUGGAACGGGAAGCAGAUGCCAUCUUCUGCCCGUCCAUGGAGGAGCUGCUCACGUUAUCCGAUUGCGUCUUGAUAGCCACCCCGUACACGGGCCGCCCGCUCCUCCACGCACACACCCUCUCCCUCCUCCCCGCCGGCGCCCGCGUCGUCAACAUAGCCCGCGGCGUCUGCAUCGACGAAGACGCCCUCGCCGACGCCUUGGACAGCAAACACAUCAGCGCGGCCGGACUGGACGUGCACGCGCACGAACCGCGGGUCAGCGAACGGUUGAGCAAGAUGUUCAACGUCACAUUGACGUCGCAUACGGGCGGCGGGAGCGUGGAAACGGCGACGGCGUUCGAGAAACUGGUGAUGCAGAACGUGGAGGCGGUGCUGGAAGGGCGGGAGGCGCUGACGGCGGUGAAUCAGGGGUUGGUGGACAGAUAUCGGUUUUCGCGGGGCCAGAAGGAAACGAAUGGGGUGCACGGACACGAGGAAGUGAAUGGGACGAAAGCCGUAGCCGAGAGCCCGAUGAGUACGGGUGGGAAUGGGGGCGUGACGAAUGGGGAAACGAGCAACGGAGUCAUGGACGCCGGUGUUGGGAACGACAACGGGACCCCGAGCACGGCGGUCGGGAAUACAUGA